UCCUUGAUCUUUGUGUCCACCGCAAACUUCUUGAUCCCUCUCGUGAUUUAUCUCAAGUGUCUCAAGUUCCGAAGGGAGUAUAACCAGAGUCGAGAAGAUGCUCCUCAAAGAGAUCCACAUGCACUCCCGUACGAUCCACCGGUUCAUCGAUCAAAAGACAGCCAACGAGUCGAGUUUAGCAGAAUUAGCUAGAAACCAACCGGGCUUGUUACACAAAGAUAGGUCAGACCUAGGACGAGAACCCAUAACUCCUCUCGAUGAGAAUCCCGAUAACGACGGGCGCCAGGAUCCUCCGAAACCCGGUUUUGUUGCGACGUUGUCGGCUCCUGAUCAGCAUGGCGACGAAGGCGAGCUUAUUACAUCGGUUCCACCUCCUCCUGUUGAACGUAUUGCUAGCGCUCCGAUGAUCACGUUUGGCUCGGAUGACCAGCCGCGGGCACGCUCGCCCUCCGCAAGCGGGUCGAUACUGAAGAAGCCGGUCGCGCUCUCCCCCACGUCGGGGACAGGCUCUAGACAGCCGCCAUCGCCCACCGGCUCUAUUUUGAGGAAUCCGCUACUGACACCGGGACCCAGCGGGACGGGCAGCAGACCGCCGCCAUCCCCAACAGGAUCCAUACUGAAAUCGCCCGCCACAGUUUCGGGCAAAGCGAACGAUGGGUUCCCCUUCCCAUCCGUGUCACCCGGCGGGUCCGUGAUGCGGGCGGCUUCGCAACAUCUCGACAUCAGCACCCCACCGCCCCGCAUACCCACCUUAUCAUUCAUGCGCCGACAGUCCGCCGUGCGGUUUGACGGCCACGACGACAGCGACGAUGACAACCGGGCGCCAACCCCACAGAUUCUCGAGCGGGGAUCCAGUCUCCGUGAUGACGUCGGAGACGACCCGCAACGGUCAGUGGACAUCGGUCCCAUCACCCUUUCCGAAUCUCAGGAGCAGUCUGGGGAGGAGGAGUACCUGAAGGAAGACGUGCCGGACCCCGACAUGGAGCAUAAACUCGCACGGAUGGAGUCGCGGUACGGGAACUGGGAUGUGGAGCAUGGGCCUGGGGUCAAGAACACGAUCAGACGGGCGAUGCAUACCAUGGUGCGGCGCGAGACGUCUGCUUCGUUGGUGUUUGGUGGUGGUGGUGGGUCGAGCGCCGGGGGCAGCAACAGCAGGCCUCAUCGGCGGUCACCGUCACCGUUAGCGGACAUGGAAACGACGCAUUCCCGCGACAAGGACAGCAUGCACCGGCCGAUUCGGCUGCAGUCCCUCAACACCUCCACCGACGACGCUCGAUCCGAGGCGUCACAUCAACAAAGCCUCGAGUCGGUCGGCGGUGGGGACGGCGAGCUGCUCCGGCAGGCGUCGACAAACACCGCUGAGGGAACCGACCUGUCCGAUGGCGCCGGGCUGAUCCAGAAGAAGAAGUCGGCGCUACCCACCGACCUGAUGCGGCUGCAGACAUUGCCGGUCCAUCCGCAGUAUAUCAGCCCCACGUUCCGGAGUAUUCCGACCUGGUUCCCUGUGCGGGCGAGGGUCGUGGCGUGGUGUUUGUUGGGUAUCACGGGAGGCGUAACGAUAGGGAACGUGGUUGUCGCGUUGACUGGGACUUGACCACUGGCCUGGCCGGUGAGGAAGUACCCGCGUCGCGAUAGCAGGUUUCUUUUCGCAUUCGAACACUCAGCCUGAUCGGUAUGUAAUCUGUACGGUUUUCUGUACCA